AUGUCUCUCGAAUUGGGUUUCAUCUGCGCGGAAGACACACUCGGCUAUAUUAACGAACAGGAAGCUAAGGGCAUACAUUCAGCUACUCGAAUUCCAGCUUUAACAGCUGUGGCAAAAGAACUGGAUGUCUCUGGCAUAUUAGAAAGCCCCUGA